ACGUUGGCGCCGUUCUCGCGCCGUUAGCGGGACGGUCGCUGUCGCUGUCACUGUCUCCUCACUGGGCUGUGUACCGGCUGCAGGCCUGCGGCCCAACUUCCCCACCUCACCCUGAGCUCGGUUUAAAGUGAACAGUGUCAGUGACCCGUUGCGCUUUAAAGAGACCGCGCACUUUGUUUGCUUGGCCUUUUGACAACUGGCAGGCGGGGGGAAGCCAGGCAGUCGCUUCAGGAUGCUCCAAAGCGUUGGCAUCAAUCUAUCAAAGAUGUGAAAAAAUGGGAUAGGGAAUGUUGCUGGAAAAUUCUUCAAAUUUCUUGCACAACAACUGCUGGUGCAGAACCUCGAGGACACUCGACUACAGGGGUACCCAACCCUUUUCAGGUAGUGGACACAUUUACUGAAGAAGCAAGAUGUCCAACAAAGAAGAAACCUGGGAAAAACUGGAUUCAGAAUUUGACCACUACUUGGUUGACAUGAAACCAUAUGUUCUGAAACUCCUACACAAGUCAGAGCGCCAGAGAUGUGCCCUAUGGAUCAAGAAAUUAUGUGACCCAUCUGGAGCUGGAGCAGGAGUAAUGGGACGCAAAAAUCGAAACAUGUAUGCCAAACUUUUGCUACACAUGCUGAGACGGGGAGUUCUUGAAGGGCCUUUCACACACAGACCAGAACCUGGAUCACUUAAAACUCUGCCUUCUUAUAUGUCAAUCUACUUUGAUGAGCCCAGUUUUACAAAGUCACCUGAUCAUCAAGCUGAGGGAAUACCAGACUGGGUUACAGGGGAACUGGGUGCAGGGGAUUCGAAGUCCAGUAGCUCCUGGAAAAGUUGCUCUAAAGAUGAUUCAUCUUAUGACUCCCCACGAGCUGCUCACAGGCGAAGACACACGUACAAUGGCAAGGUGGUUUCUGAACCCAGGCCAGUUGCAUCUUCUGAUGAGAGUGACGUUGAAGCGAAAUUAAAUAGCUGGAAUCUUGGGAUUGAAAACCCCAGAUAUUUACGGGAGAAACCAAUACCUCUGUCUCCGAUUUUACCUAAAGCAAGUCUGGGAAAUGUUAGCACAUUCGGCAAUGAGCGGACUCUGGUUCGAAUGCAUGAAAAAGAGAUAGAGAUGAAGACAAAAAUGUUGGAAGCAAAAUUCCAUGAGGAGAAGCUCAAGCUGCAGCAAAAGCAUGAUACCGAUGUUCAAAAGAUUUUAGACCGGAAAAAUAAUGAGAUUGAAGAGCUAAAGACGCUGUAUAGAAACAAGCAAAAGGAAGCAGAGGAGAUUACUAAGAAGCUGGAAAAGAGAGUUCAGAGCCUGGUUCGUGAAUCACAGGUUAUCCGAGAAAGUAAAGAGAACCAAAUUGUUGAGUUGAAGAAGAUGGCUGAGCAGAGUGCUGAUUCUUUAAAAAAUGAUUGGGAGAGAAAGCUACACAAUGUUGUAGCAGAACUGGAGCAAGAAAAGUUUGAACUUCAGAAGAAACACACAGAGAAUAUUCAGGAACUCCUCAAUGACACCAAUUCACGUCUCAGUAAAAUGGAGACAGAAUACGCUGCUCAGACUAAGGCCACUAACCAAAUGGUGAAAGAACUGGAGGCUCGUGUACAGCAGUUGACCGUGGAGGCUGAGAAUAGCACUUUGGUGCGACAGAAACUAACCCAGGAAAAAGGGGAACUGGAACAUCGUUGCCAGAUGAUAUGCUUGGAGCUGCAGGAGGUAAAAUUAAGAUACAGCUCUCUUCAGAAAGAAAAACAGCAAAUAUUGGAGGGCCAUGAGAAAACUGUAAGGCAGAUGCAAAAUCAGCAUGAUUCUGAGCUCAACUACGUAAAACAGGAGCAUGCACACUCAGCAGCUAAGGCAGCUGAUGUUAUUGAAGAACUGGAACAGAACAUCUCACAGCUGAAGAAAGAACUGCAGGAAAGUGAGCACCAGAAACAGCAACAGCUGAGGAAUGAAGCAGGAAGGUUUGAACGAGAAAAGCUGCAUCUGGAGCACCUUCAUGAAAAGAAGAUUCAUGCCUUUCAGACUGAGAGAGACCAGGAGAAAACCGAUGCAGUGAAACAAAUUCGGAAGUUGGAAGAAGCCUUUCGUGAAAAAGAAGACCAACUGACAAGGGUGGCCGAGAUGCAGAAGCUCCAAGCCCAGAAGGCGGACGCAGCUUUGGAAGAAUUCAAGAGACAGGUGGAACUGAAUUCUGAGAAAGUCUAUUCUGAAAUGAAACAGCAGAUGGAGAAGGUUGAGGCAGAUCUAAGUAGAUCAAAAUCUGUCCGAGAGAAGCAAUCAAAAGAAUUCUCUUGGCAGUUGGAGGAACUCAAGCAACGAUAUGAACAACAGAUAGUAGAAUUGAAGCUGGAGCAUGAGCAGGAGAAGACGCACCUAUUCCAGCAGCACAACGCGGAAAAAGACAGCUUGGUCCGAGAGCACGAACGCGAGAUAGAUAACUUGGAGAAACAGCUUCGCGCCGCCAUAGUAGAGCAUGAAAGCCAGACUCAGGAAUGGAGAAGGCGAGACUCGCAGACAAUUGCAGAGUUGGAAAGCCAGGUCCACCAACUACGUGAAGAACUUAUCCAGGUCAACUCACGGAGAAAGCAACAGCUGGUUGAGUUGGGACUAUUACGUGAAGAGGAGAAGCAGAAAGCUUUGCGUGAUCAUGAAGCUACUGUCAACAAGCUGAAAGCUGAGAUGGAAAGGAUGAAAUUGGAGUUGCAAAAGACAAAUGCUGCUGAAAUUGAACAUGCUGUGGAAAAGACCAGCAACAAGUUGAAGCAGAUUGAGAAAGAAUACAGCCAGAGGCUUUUAAAAUCUUCACAGACUGUAGCUGAACUUCAGACUACUAUUACAUCCUUAAGGGAAGAGAACAGCCGACAGCAGCUGGCUACAGAGAGACAGCUCCAAGAAGCUGUGGGAAGAUUUGAAAAUGAGAAGAGGCUGUUGAUUAGAGAUAAUGAUAGAGGUAUCAAGACUCUGGAGAACGAAGCAGAAAACUAUCGCAGCCAGAUACAGGCAUUAGAAAAGGAGAUACAAAACAAGGAACUGGAGACUCAGGAACAGAUCACUCAUAUCCAGCAAGAAUAUGAAAUGAAAAUUAAAGGCUUGAUGCCGGCCACAGUGCGGCAAGAACUUGAAGACACCAUUAGUUCCAUGAAGUCUCAGGUGACUUUCCUUCAAAAGAGGGCAUCAGUUCUUCAAGAGGAGCUAAACACCUACCGCAAUAGGAGAUGAUGAACCACUGGAUGAUUUCCUGACCUCACUCAUACCUUUAAUAUAGCUAACAUGGCACAGAAUGGGAUUCCAGCAAAAUCAACAAUUACUGUGUAAGGAUGAGCAUCUUAUGUGUGGGAACCAGUGAGAUUAGCAGCUGAAUAUCAGUAAUCUUUUAUUGUACUGAAGGUCAAAAAAACAGUAUUUCCCCACCAGUAUUGUGUCUCCCUCUCCGCUUUGUUUUGGUCCAAUCAGACAUGCUUUUAACAUUUUAUUUUUGCUUUUCAAAAUGUUUAUACACUUUUUUAAAUAAACUGUAUUAAUAAUCUGUAAGUCUGUACAUAUCAUUGUCAAUAUUUUCCUAUUAUUUAAGUCUGCAGUUCUUGUGUUAUUACUAGCAAUCAAGUUCUCAUUUAUAAUUGUGCUUUGUAUUGUAUUUCAUUUGUUUUUUUACAUUGCUAUGAUUUUUGAAUGCUAACAUCAUAAAAUUAUCUGUUUCAUG